AUGGCGGAACGGUUACCCACCUCGUCCUCUUCAGGACGCAGGCGACGCGAAGGCGACGCUUCUAUCGGAGACUUUGUUAUUGGAGGCGAGAUCGGCAAGGGCAGCUUUGCCCAGGUGUACAGUGGUCACCACAAGAGCUCCAAGGCAACCGUCGCAAUUAAAUCAGUAGAAAUGGGACGCUUGAACAACAAGCUACGAGAGAACUUGUACGGAGAGAUCCAGAUCCUCAAGACUCUUCGCCACCCGCACAUCGUCGCCCUCCAUGACUGCGUCGAAUCAGCCACACAUAUCAACCUGGUGAUGGAAUACUGUGAGCUCGGUGACCUGUCAUUGUUCAUCAAGAAGAGGGACAAGCUAAGCACCAACCCUGCAACACACGAGAUGGCGAGGAAGUACCCCGUUACCCCUAAUUCGGGUCUUCAUGAGGUUGUCACACGCCAUUUCCUUCAACAGCUCGGCAGCGCUCUCAAGUUCCUGAGAGAGAAGAACUACGUUCACCGCGAUGUCAAGCCUCAGAACCUCUUGCUCCUACCAUCGCCAAGAUUCAGGGAGGCACACUCCCGCCCGAUCUUGACCGCCAGCCAGGAUUCACUGAUUCCUAAUGCCGGUCUCGCUUCUCUUCCGAUGCUGAAGCUCGCGGAUUUCGGCUUCGCUCGUGUCCUCCCGUCAACGUCGCUCGCCGACACUCUCUGCGGUUCUCCCCUCUACAUGGCUCCAGAAAUCCUUCGCUAUGAGCGGUACGACGCGAAGGCCGACCUGUGGUCUGUAGGCACGGUGUUAUACGAGAUGAUUACCGGUCGUCCGCCAUUUCGCGCCCGGAAUCACGUAGAGCUCUUGCGAAAGAUCGAAGCUGCCGAAGAUCGGGUUAAGUACCCCAAGGAGCUCGUGGUCAGUAAAGAGCUGGUCAAGCUCAUCGGCAAGCUUCUCACUCGUAACCCGGUCGAACGCAUGAGAUUCGAAGACUUCUUCAACGAUCCAAUUUUGACAGAACCCAUUCCAGGCACUGUUGAAGAUGAUGCGCCGCCGAAGCCCGAGGCAAAGGCGUCGCGCGAUCUGCGGUCUCUCGGCAGGUCCGAUUCCACAUCGUCGUUAUCACGUCGGCUCUCUCUUCGCCGGCAAACAGAGGCUGAGCCUGUACGUGAGCAAGGGGAGUCAGCAAAAUCGCCUCGUGAGAAGCCUCUGAGAUCGCCGAAAUUGCCCAGUCCCAUCGAAGGGCGAGCCCAACAGGCCAUUGAUGCUGCACCACGUCCAGGCCAGUCUCCCGGGCAAGAAGUCGGGGAGGGACUAGGAAUUCGUCGUCCGCCUAUGGCCCAACCCUCCACUUCUGCACCAGCCCGGCCACACAGACUCUCGAAUGCAGCUCUCAACCGGCCUUCUGCACGAGCCUCCGCCUCCCCGCCGACAUCGUACUUGAACGAUAAUCCGACAAGGAACAGACUUCGUCCAGUCACCGAGCGGAGUGUCACCGAACAAGAGAAGGCGGCUCAAGAUGUGGCAUUUGAACGAGACUACGUUGUGGUCGAAAAGAAGCAUGUUGAGGUAAACGCGUUUGCUGAUGAAAUGGCCGCUAACCCACGUCUCACGUCACUCUCACCAAAGACUGGCCAGAUGAUCCGCCGAGCCACGCAACAGGGACCGCCUACCUCGACGACCGGCGCCGGCCGAGUCCAGCCAUCCAGUGCAGUUCAAAUCGCUUCAGGCAAGGGGCGUCCCGGUCAUGAGAGCCGCGAUUCGUACGACGGGAAGAAUUUCUCCGCCAGCCCGACAACUCAAGGCUUUAUCGCCAAAGCUAUUUCGGACGCCAGCGUACGAUUGUUCGGAUUCAAGGUACCGCAGCAUGUGCUGGGCGGAAAGGGGGCGUCCCCUCCUCUGUACAGCCCAUUCCCUGCCUACCCUACCCCUUCGGGCCCCGUCGGCCUCAUCGGCGAUGGAAAGCAAAACGCACCGGCCGACGAAGAUGCGCGAGCUGUCGGCCUCAUCGGCGAUGGAAAGCAAAACGCACCGGCCGACGAAGAUGCGCGAGCUGUCAAGCUGAUCCAGGAUUUCGCUCACCGAAGUGACUGUGUCUAUGGAUUUGCCGAAGUCAAGUACAAGCAGCUGUUCCCUCUCGCCCCGUCAAUGGAGCACGGACUCGGUGGUACGCCGACUGAUCAAAUCACUGGCGAUGAGGACGGCCUUACAAUCGAUGCCGAGGUUUCCUUGUCGGAGGAGGCUUUGGUCCUGUACGUCAAGGCUCUGACGCUGCUAGCUAGAGCCAUGGAUGCUGCAAGCCUAUGGUGGUCACAAAAGACGCGUGGUGAUACAGCAUCUGCGGCAGAGGUUUCCAAAGAGGGCCUCGCUCAGCGCAUCAACUCUACCGUUCAAUGGGUUCGGACUCGCUUCAACGAAGUUUUGGAGAAGACCGAGGUUGUCCGGAUGAAACUCAUUGCCGUCCAGCAAAAGCUUCCUGAGGAUCAUCCUAGCCACCCAAGUAACCACGGCGGAGUCUCCGCUUCGUCAGCUACUUCAAGCACCCCCGAUGUCUACCUCACGCCAGGCAUUAGUGCGGAGAAGUUGAUGUACGACCGAGCCAUUGAGAUGAGCAGAACAGCCGCCAUUGAUGAAAUUACCAAUGAGAACCUUGAGGGUUGUGUUACGUAUUAUGUCACGGCCAUUCGGAUGCUGGAGGCUGUUUUGGACAACGACGAAGACGCAGUAAAGCGGCGCUACUCUAGCUCAGGCAAGGAGUUGCCUCGCGAGGAGACGUCUAGUGAUCUGGACAGCGACGACCAGCUGGCCGUGAAUCGGAUGAUUCAAAUGAUUACCGCACGUCUCUCAACUGUCCGCAAGAAGAUGGCCAUGAUUGCAGAGGCAUCGAGAUCGCAGCAGGCCGCGCAGCUCCAAGGCCGCAGACGUAGCGGAGAUGUGACGCCUCGCAGCGUGCCAUCGCACGCGUCGUAA